CAAAGACGAUGAAUGUAGGGUCGACCUUCCCUCAUUUGUCAAAAUUCACUCAAUAAUCAGUCCAACAGAUAUGAUCCCUCUACACUAUUUCCUUCUUCUUCUUCCUUUGUCCAAACGGUUAGACAUUUCUGGACCCCACUUUCUUACCUAAUUCUCCUACUACUCUUUUACUACUGUCCCCCUCUCUCUCUAGGGGUCAGUGUGAUAGUUAGGGUUUCAUUCAUCUUCUUCAUCUUCUUCGUCUCAUCGUACAUGUCUUAUCACUCUCUUUAGUACAUGUACGCCACACUGUAUAUGUAUUUAUGGUUCUGGUGGUGAUGAUACCAUUUACCUGAUAAAUAUCUCAAUCUAUCUCUCUCUCUCUCUAUUGAUUUCCGUGUACUUCAUUUUGUUGCAUUUCAAUUGUCUCUUUGCUAGAAAAGAGGAGAUCUCAGUUUGAGUGAGGGAAGGGAUUUCAAUUGUUUGGGAGAAAAUGGAAAUCAUGGCAGAAGAAGAGGUGACUACACCAAGGCGUCAACUUCUUCUUAUUUCAGCUGGUGCAAGUCACUCCGUUGCUUUGCUAUCUGGAAAUGUCGUUGUCUCUUGGGGACGAGGGGAGGAUGGGCAACUGGGACAUGGAGAUGCUGAAGAUCGGCCUUUUCCUACUCAAAUGAGCGCGUUGGAUGGGCAUGAGAUAAUAUCUAUUACUUGCGGAGCUGAUCAUGCAAUUGCAUAUUCCGAGUCGCUGAUGCAACUAUAUAGUUGGGGAUGGGGUGAUUUUGGUCGGUUGGGCCAUGGUAACUCUAGUGAUUUGUUUACUCCUCAACCCAUUAAAGCACUUGGAGGUGUAAGAAUAAAGCAAAUUGCUUGUGGAGACAGCCACUGUCUGGCAGUUACUAUGCAUGGUGAAGUUCAGAGCUGGGGACGAAAUCAAAAUGGGCAGCUUGGUUUGGGCACUACCGAAGACUCACUUGUGCCGCAAAAGGUCCAAGCUUUCCAGGGAAUAUCGGUUAAAAUGGUGGCUGCUGGUGCUGAACAUACAGCUGCGGUUACAGAAGAUGGUGAACUUUUUGGUUGGGGUUGGGGUCGAUAUGGAAACUUGGGUCUUGGUGACAGAAAUGAUCGACUAGUUCCUCAGAAGGUUACUGCUGUUUAUGGACAAAAGAUGGUUCUAGUUGCAUGUGGAUGGCGCCAUACGAUAUCUGUCUGUGCCUCAGGGAGUUUGUAUACUUAUGGGUGGAGUAAAUAUGGUCAACUAGGUCAUGGGGAUUGUGAGGAUCAACUCAUUCCUCAUCAGUUACAAGCCUUACGCAAUGAUGUCAUUUCUCAGAUAUCAGGUGGCUGGCGACAUACCAUGGCUUUAACAUCUGAUGGAAAACUUUAUGGAUGGGGAUGGAAUAAGUUUGGACAGGUUGGUGUUGGUGAUAAUGUUGAUCACUGCGUGCCUGUGCAAGUUAAGUUUCCAAUUGAACAGAAAGUAGUGCAGAUCUCCUGUGGGUGGAGGCACACACUUGCUGUAACAGAAAGACAGAAUGUAUUCUCAUGGGGUAGGGGUACAAAUGGACAACUUGGACAUGGCGAGAACAUCGACAGAAACACACCAAAGAUAAUAGAGGCCUUGAGCACUGAUGGAUUCAGUUGUCAAAACAUUGAACCCUCCAAGGCCGAGUCUUUAUCAGGAAGGAUGUGGGUGUCACCAUCAAAGAGAUAUGCAAUUGUUCCCGGUGAAUCUGUGCAGGGGCAGUCAUUUGUCCCAAGCAAUGUGAGUGAUCUAAGUGUCCCGGAGAGCGAUGUCAAAAGAAUGCGCUUCUAAUAUUCUGGAUGUCCUCGACAACAUUGAGCGGGAAGUUAUGUCUCUCAAGCUCUCUCAUAUAACUUGUGGCGUAAGGAUUUUGUGAUGUCAUAUAGUCCUAAUAUUAACGGAUUAAACCGGAAAGAUACAGAGAAUGCUAUGAUCUCUCUUAUAUUUUCAAUGUAUUUGAAAUUGUAAUUGAUGGUCAAAUUCUUCUCCAGGAUUUUUUCCGUACAGAUUCAGUCAGUUUCUUUUCGUUAAAUCAAUUUUUUCCCUCCUA